UGUUGAAAUAACCUCUAGUAUUUUAACGAUAAGAUCUAUUUUUCGUUAAUUUUGUAAGUCAACGUGUCUAGUUCAAGUUGACUGUGUUGUGAGUUAACUGUUCUCUUAGUUUUGUCCACGUGUGGCUUGCUAGACUAGGGCAGAAUAAUGGCUGAACCACGUAGAAGAAACCUCGAAAAUGGAAAAAACACACAACGACAGAAAAAAAAUGGCACGUCAAAAACACAGGAACAACCAACAAGAACUGUUACAAAUUGGGAGCUUUUGAAUAUGAUUUUCGAAAUUUUAAUAGUGCCAAUACUGAUGAUCGGUUUUCAUUUAGUCUGCAACGAAAAACAGUGCUCCUUCACGUCCUUGCCAGAUUUGAGUCAAUAUAAGUCUUUGUCGGACUUUUUCAACCUAGAAUCCUUCUUGUUUUUUCUAGCAUAUGUCGCAGUGCUCGUUAUAUUCGGUUGUUUGCCCUUAGGUGGUGAAAAAAUUCGUGUCAAAAACUACACCUACAAUUUGAACGGAUUCAAUUCAACUCUGUGCUUGAUACUCACGAUGCUUGUCUGCGAGAGUUUUGGAGUCCCUGUUUCGUAUUAUAUUUCUGAGCAUUUGUUGCACUUGGUAGUCAGUGUGUUAAUUUUUCAAGUUUCGUUGGCGGUUUUCGUAUAUAUUUUCAGUUUCACCGCACGAGAGGACGAGUUGAAUCCUGCUGAGAUUGGGACACCCUUUAUCAGCGCUUUUUACAACGGUCGUCAGAUAAACCCACGCUUGUUCAAUACAGUAGACAUCAAAUUCACCUAUGUGAAAAUAUACACGAGUACCCUGAUCAUAACGGAUAUUUCAAUGGUGCUAAAAACUUUGAAUUUAACCACCAACACCGGACUGAACUUGAAUAACAUCACCUGGAAUUCUUUGUCAUCCAAUCCAACCAUAGUGGUUUUGGCUAUAGCUCAUUCGGCUUAUUUCCUGUGUCAUUUGUACUACGAGAGUCGAACUUUGAGCUAUUAUUUUGCCCAUAGUGAAGGAAUGGGAUAUAAUCUAGUCAUGGCAAACUCUUUCAGGUGGAGUGGUCUGAUAGCGCAAACAAGGUACAUAAUACAGCACAAGAUCCACUAUCCAAACUGGCAACUGGCGUGCUUGCUCGCUAUAUAUUUAUUCGGACAAUAUGUGUACAACGUGACCAACAACCAGAAGGACUACUUGAGGAGAUACCCAGAUAGUCCAGAGUCGAAAAGGAUGAAGAGAAUUCCGACAUCCCAAGGCAAAGACAUCCUGUGUGACGGGUGGUGGGGAGUUGUGAGACAACCUAACAUAACCUCCGAUAUUCUCGUCCACCUUACGUGGCUUCGAUUUGGUUUCACAGCCCCUCCUGUCUUAUCGAUCAUGAGUUUCUUCUAUUAUUUCAUCGCUAGAGCCGUUGUUUCUCAAAGGGAUUGUAAGAUGAAGUACGGGCUUGCCUGGCAGAAAUAUUGCAGGAAGGUGAAGUACGUUUUGGUGCCAUUUGUUUAUUGACCAAGUAGGAAGAUGACUCAAGCUAUAUCUGUUGGGUAGUCGUCCAUUCGUUUUGGAAUUUCAAAAUGGAAUUUCCCGAAAUUCGUAACUUAAACCACUGUAUGAUCAAUUUAAUUUAUUCGCAAUAAAGUCAUGAAAAAACAAA